AUGUUUGGAAGGAGUGGUGGACGCUGCUGUAACGUUGUAUGUUGCUUCUGCAUAUUCUACAACACCAUCUUCUGCUCCGUCCUUGCCCUCCUCAUAUUCGUCUUCAUCUUCAAUCCCCAAGAGCCGAAAUUCACCAUCACCGAUGCCUCUCUUACCCGAUUCAAUUUCACCAACGAUAACAACACCCUCCACUACAACCUCGCUCUCAAUAUAACCAUACGAAACCCUAACAGAAGGGUUGGCAUAUACUACCGCCGCAUCCAGGUCAUAGCCAACUAUAGAAAGAAGCGGUUUGCUAUGGUGACAUUACCUUCGGCGCCAUUUUACCAAGGCCAUAAGAACACAACCAUUUUAAAUCAUGUACUAGUUGAAGGGCAACAGUUGGUGGUGUUUGGGGAACGUGACCUUUCCCAGUUGAACUCAGAGGCUGCUGCCGGGCUUUACAGUAUUGAUUUGAAGCUUGCUCUUCGGGUAAGAGCCAGGUAUGGAAAGUUCAAGUCACCCAAUUACAAGCCAUAUUACAAGAUUGACUGCUCGCUGAAAGUUCCUUUCAGUUCAAAUGAAACAUCUCUAAUUGCAUUCAAGGCUACACAGUGCUGGAAUGUUUAUCUCUUUUCAAAUCCCGGUGAUUAG